UAAUAUUUCUCAGCAUAAUCAAGCAUUAAGAAUGUCCUUCUUGUAGGUGGAGCAGCCUCCAUAUUUCUCAAAUGAAAAUUUAAUUUUUACAUUAUUGAAUGCAUCGGACGAAACAUAUGACAAAAAUUCACACACAUUUAUGUUAAUUAUGUACAAAAAUGAAUAUCACACGGACGGAGCCACGUGCAAAAUAGUCUUAACAUAUGCAAUUUACCAUUCAGUACCAAUCGCUCGAUUCCCACGGCAAUGCCAACACCCGUGACUUAUGUGGCUCUAGUCCUUGGCAUUCAUUCAUUCCAGGUCUUGUACGAUGAUUGUUCUCACUAUGCAUUCAAUAUGACCGGUUCUGGCAAGCUGAAGUUAUCGAGGGGAAGCAAGGUUUCCAGUGGGGCCGAGACGCGGCAAAUCGAGGUGGGUGUGGUUGUGGCUGGAGAUAAGAAAAAACACAAUAAGAUAAAAACAUCCAAGUACACACUCCUCAUGUUUUUGCCAAAAAACUUGUCGGAGCAGUUUCGGAGAGUGGUCAAUUUCUACUUUCUAGUCGUCACCGUGGUUGCCAUUCUUAUUGACAGUCCAGUGUCGCCACUGACGAGUAUAGCUCCGUUGACUUUUAUGGUGUUGGUGACUGCUGUGAAGCAGGGAUAUGAGGACUGGCUGAGACAUAAAACAGACAACAAAAUUAACAAUCAGAAAGUGGAGAUAGUUAAAAAUAAUGUGAUACAAGAGGUGCGCAGUUCGAGGAUAGCACCCGGAACGUUAGUCAGGGUGAAGAGAGGGAAAGAAGUGCCGGCCGACCUGGUACUCCUGUGUUCGGCUUCUGAAAAGGGCAAAUGUUACGUCACCACGGCUAACUUAGACGGAGAGGCCAACCUAAAGACUUUGAGGGUGCCGCAGCCUUUCAUUGGCUGCUCUGCAGAUAUACUGCCACAGAGUAUGCGGAUCACAGUCAACAAUCCCGAAGCUAAUCUUUACACCUUCCAAGGGAGCCUGAAGAUCCCUAAUCAUCCCCAGCCCUUGGCCCUUACUCCAGAAAACCUCAUGCUGAGGGGAUCCAGGGUUAGGAAUACCGAGUGGGCUAUCGGAUGCGCAGUUUACACAGGUGAAGAAACAAAAUUGGCGUUGAACUCGAAGUUCACAAGCAACAAAUUCUCAUCCUGUGAAUUGGCGGUGAAUGCUUUCUUAAUAUUCUUCAUUAUACUGUUAGUGUUCGAGAUGACUGUCUCUUUGGUCGCGAAGGUAAUACUCGAGGUGAAGAAUCCGGAGAGACAGCAGUAUCUCGGCCCGGCCUUACAAUAUUCAACACAAGGAAAACAAAUAUUGCAAGAUUUGCUGUCAUUUCUUCUACUUUAUUAUUAUAUCAUUCCGAUGUCGUUGUACGUGACGAUUGAGCUUUAUAAGUUUAUUGGGUCCCUUUUUAUCCGAUGGGAUGAACAAUUGCGAUGUCCAGACACAGGAAAACCGGCCGUAGCAAACACCUCCGACUUGAACGAGGAGCUGGGACAGGUCGAGGUGUUAUUUUCUGACAAAACUGGCACUUUGACCAAAAAUAUGAUGGUGUUCAAGGCUUGUUCUGUCAGAGGCACUGUCUACGAGGAGAGGAACGAAGGGUUCUUUGACAUGGAGAGGCCGGAGAUGCCUGUCACUGUAUCUGAGACAGACGUGCAAUUUUUCUUCACAAUACUCGCUCUCUGCCACAGUGUUCAAAUAUCGGACCAAGACGUAAGGCGACUGAGUGCGACGCUCACGCGGGAAAACAAGCAGAUGAUAAAAUUUUUACUCAGAAAAAAGAAAAAAGUUCUAGACGUUAACGACACACCAGAUUUGAGUGUAAACAAUGAAGGUAACAACAGAAUAGAGUAUCAUGCAAGUAGUCCCGACGAGAAAGCUUUAGUAGAAGCUGCUGAUAGAUUAGGAGUGACAUUUUUGGGCGAAGACGGGAACAAUUUGCUGAUAAAAAUCGGCGCUCGGAUUGAAAUGUACGAGCGACUGCAAAUUAUUGAAUUCACCUCGGACCGCAGGCGCAUGUCGAUCAUACUAAGAGAUAAGGAUGGCAAGAUAUGGCUAUUCUGCAAAGGAGCGGAAAGUGCUGUGAUGCCUUUGUGCAAGGAUUCCGCGGUGGUCGAGGAGGUCAAUAAGGACAUCGACAGUUUUGCCAACAAAGGGCUCAGGACGCUCGCCGUGGCGUACAGGGAGAUACCACAAGAAGAAUAUGAUAAAGUCUCCGAAUUUGCAAACCAAGUGGAACCAACCAGCGUGAAGGAUUUAGAACAGAUGGCCUUACGCUUUCGGGAGUUGGAAAAGGAGAUGACGCUACUAGGAGCGACGGCGGUGGAGGAUUGUCUUCAGGAGGGAGUGGCGGACACCUUGGCCGCUUUGAGACGAGCUGGCAUCAAGAUUUGGGUCCUUACUGGGGACAAGGUAGAAACGGCCAUAAACGUUGCCCAAUCCUGCGCGCACAUAUCAGAGAACGACCGUCGACUGUUUAUGAUUGGUGUUGGCCCAGACGCAGUGCAAGAACAGUUAGAUGAAUGCCAACGGAUAGUACACGAACAGACGUAUUCAGAUUUGGCGCUAGUGGUCGACGGAGCCACUAUGGGCUCGAUCCUUGACACUACCUGGGCUGCGCAAUUCGCUGAUGUUAGUAUGAAAUGCAAUGCCGUAUUAUGUUGCAGACUGUCGCCUAUACAAAAGGCUAAGAUAGUGAAACUGAUUAAGAACACACCCGAGAGACCAAUCACGGCAGCCAUAGGCGACGGCGCUAACGACAUAUCUAUGAUCCAGGAAGCGCAUGUGGGUUUCGGCAUCUUCGGUAAAGAGGGCUAUCAGGCUGCCAGAUCAGCUGACUUCGCUUUCACGAGGUUUUCAAUGGUGAAAAGGAUGCUAUUAGUUUUAGGACAUUGGUACUACCAAAGAUUAGCGACUCUAAUACAUUAUUUCUUUUAUAAGAACAUUGUUCUUGGCAAUAUUAUGUUUAUUUUUCAAAUCCACGCGGUGUUCUCAACACAGUCCAUAUACAACUCGAUGUAUCUUACUUUGUAUAACUUUUUCUUCACCACGCUGCCGUGUCUCAUUUUAUCCCUCACGGAACAAAGAUGGCCGGCCGAUUUACUGAUGUGGAACCCGACUCUCUACCGCGAGAUAUCUCGCAACCAUCUUAUGUCAUCGUCGCACUUCAUGACGUGGAUUCUGACUGCGUGCUACCAUUCCUUCGUCAUCUACGUGUUCACGUGGCUUGCCGCCAAAAACUCCGUUGUCAAUGAUGAUGGCAAAGCUAUUGAUUUGUGGUGUUUCGGAGCAGCGUUGUUCCACCUAACUAUUGUGAUAGUCAACCUGAAGCUGUGGAUGCAGGCCAGAUAUCAGACAUACAUAUUCAUUAUCUCCAUUCUGGCUACAAUCUUCAUAUACAUGGCUUUUGAUGUCAUAUAUUCCCUGUUUAAUAUAUCGCUCGACGGCGACUCUCUGGGCGUGUAUCUGCGACUGCUGUCGUCCCCUUACUUCUGGUUCCUCAACUUGUUAGCAGUGGUCGCUGCGCUUGCGCCGGACUACUGCGCGCGCCUCAUCUCCGACAAAUGGGGCAAACGGCGGACUGACAUGAAAGUCAUUAUUGGACCCAAAUUAUUUAUCACACAGCUAUGAAGCUCUAUGAUGAUGGAAAAAAGUGUUUUUUACUACUCAGGCUAACAGGCAUGCGGCUCACCUGAUGGUCGCGAUGGUCGGCCCUAAUGACGCUAGAUGAUUAGCGCUGUACUGAAGAGGUUGACGACAGUCGGCCGGUCGUAAAAUCACAGCCCAAUUUUAUAUACUUUGUUAACGGAGUUCUGACUUUUUGACUAUAGAUUGUUAAGAGAUACAUUUUUUUGACAUUCUUUAACAGCGUAAAAAAUACCUACUGCAAAAGUUCAUUGAAAUUAAACUAUUAUACUUGAGACAACACACAAAGUUUUUCACAUCCAGAGAUUAGAGAGAGCGUUCAAAUUCGCAAGCCAAAAUUUCAUUAUCUGUUUUGCGUGUUUCGUUCAUAUAUUACUUUCGGAAAAAGGUUCAAAUGAAAAUGGUUGUGUUAAUUACGAGAACCCUGGGCUCUGCAGCGUUACAGCUCCAAAUGUAAUACGUGAAGAUGAGAGAAUGUCAUAGGGAAAAUCCGGCUUUAAUUAGCAUAGAAGUUAAGUGCUUUCGGCUGUUGGUGUUUCGGUUGUCGUGUCUGUGAAAAUCCGUAAGGAUUUUGGUGUGUCAUUCCAGUAUAUAUUCUAGGUGCCCGUGUAUCAAACUUCAUAACAAUCCGUCCAGUAGAUUUUGCGUGAAAGAGUAAUAUAGUACCUAAUAGAGUAUACAUAAUCCUCCUUAUUAAUAAAAACGUUAUUCUCUUAUUAGCCUCGGAAUAUAGUUAUUCUUUGUAUUGUCUCGUUCUUUCAAUGUCAAAUACUGAAAAGAGAGAGAGGGACAAAACAAAG